AUUCCUACUCCAUUGAAGGAUGAAUAUACGAACUUUCCAUCUAACAUUGGCUCUGUUCUACUUGGUAUCAGAGCACCUCCCUGCCAUAUCAAAUCAUACAGUCCCAUAACCAAUUUUUUCCCUAUGACAGGAACCGAGAGUUCCUCUCAAGAAACCAGAGUCAUUGUUCAGAACGUACAAGAUGCCCCCUUUCCCACCGGAAUCAUCUUGGAUGAUUCGAACUAUCCAUUGUGGUCCCAACUCAUGGAGAUGCGUAUUGGAGCAAGGAACAAAUCUGGGUUCCUUACUGGUGCGACCCCGAAACCAAAAACAGAUGCCAAACAAAUCGAAAGUUGGUUGAUCGAUAACAACCGGGUUAAGAGCUGGCUCAUCGAUUCAAUGAGCCCACCUUUGAUACGGCGUUUUAUCCGACUCCAAACUGCACAGGAAAUCUGGGAGGCAGUUGCUAAAACCUUCUACGAUGGUACAGACGAAACACAACUAUUCGAACUGAACCGAAGAUCAUUCACCACUCGUCAAAACGGGAGGUCCUUAUCUACAUACUACAAUGAAUUGGUAAGCAUUUUUCAAGAGAUUGAUACUCGUCUCACAACUCAAGAAGAAUCUGUUGCCCUGACUGUGUCCCUGAAUAAAACUCUAUCCCGCCUUCGUGUUCACAUAUUCUUGGCCGGUCUAGAUCCAGAAUUUAAUCAGGCCCGAAGUGAAGUCUUAAGAAAGGAUCCACCUCUUGAUCUGGAAUCAUGCUAUGCAUACAUUCGCAAGGAUCAGAAUCAAAGGCACGCCAUGGAAGAAGCAAAACCGGAGUCAGAUGGCAUGGUUCAUCUAGCCACCAGGAAUCGCCCUACGAAAGGGAAGAAUCCGAAUAACAAGGGGAGCACAUACACAUGCACUCAUUGUGGAGAAGAAGGCCACUCGAAACAAAGAUGCUAUGAAAUCAUUGGAUAUCCUGACUGGUGGGAUUUCACGAAAAAGCCUCGGAAAAAGAUAAGUCAAGCUACAGUAGCCACAUCAAGUAAAGAACUGCCUGCUUCCAUUGCUGCUCACACAAAAACAGUUGAUAACUCUGAAUAUGGCGACUCAUCAGAUUCUUGGCUAUGGUAUUAGAAGAGGACGGUUGUACUAUCUUGAAGAACAUCAUCAAGGUCAAGCUCAUCAUACUGGAAUAAAACAGGCGAAUAAAACGUUAGCAUGGCUAUGGCAUCGCCGACUGGGACACCUAUCAUUUAGUUAUCUUAGACGAUUAAAACCAAAUUUAUUUUUGGAUAUGGCAGAUGGUGAUUUUAAGUGUGGAACAUGUGAAUUGGCAAAAAGCCAUAGAAUUUCUUAUUUUCCCAGCAAUAAUAAAAGUUUGGUACCUUUUAUGACAAUUCACUCUGAUGUAUGGGGCCCUGCAAAAC